UUAAUUAACCUGUGGUGCAUAACCACUCUCUACUUUCGUCUACUUCCAGCUCCCACUUUCUCUCUCUCUUCGCGCUGCUAGUGCUAUGUCGUUAUUCAUUUCCAAGCUCUCUUCGCUUCCUCUCUCACUCUCCAUUAAUGCUUCUUCCUCUCCCUCUAAAGAUGGGAACUCAGAGUCUUCAAAGUCAGUGAAGCUGAGAGAAGACUGGAGAAAACGAUCCAGACCCAUUCCUCCAGGAGGCACCUACCCAGCCAAAGAUCAUUGCAGUCACUGCGGGUUGUGUGAUACGUAUUACAUUGCGCAUGUCAAGAAUGCUUGUGCUUUCUUGGGAGAUGGCAUGUCUAAAAUUGAAGAAUUGGAACCAAUAGUGCAUGGUAGAGGGAGGAAAUCAAGUUCCUUAGAUGAGACAUACUUAGGGGUCUAUAAGGAACUGCUGUAUGCUCGUAAAGUAAAGCCUGUAGAAGGAGCUCAGUGGACAGGGAUAGUAACAACUAUUGCGAUUGAAAUGCUUAAAUCAGGCAUGGUAGAAGCUGUCAUUUGUGUGCAAAGUGAUCCAGAGGACAGAUUCACACCUAGACCUGUACUAGCAAGGACACCAGAGGAAGUUCUAGCUGCUAAAGGUGUUAAGCCAACAUUAUCUCCUAAUCUGAAUACCCUUGCCCUUGUUGAGGCUGCAGGCGUAAAACGUCUUCUUUUCUGUGGUGUGGGUUGCCAAGUGGAAGCAUUAAGAUCUGUGGAGCACCACUUGAAUUUGGAAAAGCUCUAUGUAUUAGGCACUAAUUGUGUUGAUAAUGGAACUCGAGAAGGACUGGAUAAGUUUCUAAAGGCUGCAAGUAGUGAACCAGAAACAGUUCUUCAUUACGAGUUUAUGCAAGAUUACAAGGUUCAUUUGAAGCAUUUGGACGGUCAUAUUGAAGAGGUUCCUUAUUUCUGUCUACCAGCAAAUGAUUUGGUUGAUGUUAUUGCUCCUUCUUGCUAUAGCUGUUUUGACUACACAAAUGCCUUAGCGGUGAGUUUUGCUUCUCAACAAGAUCUGGUGGUUGGAUACAUGGGUGUGCCGAAAUAUUCUGGAAUCAGCAUGACACAACAUCCACAGUAUGUUACAGUCAGAAAUGAACGUGGAAGAGAAAUGCUGAGUCUGGUGGAAAACCUUCUGGAGAUUACUUCUACAAUUAGUAGUGGUGACCGACGACCAUUCGUUGUGGAGACUGUUAAGGCAGAUGAUAAUGCUAAGUUAGGGAAAGGUCCUUCUGAGCCUGCCCCAAAGUUGAUCGGAAAUUUGAUAGCUUUUAUCCUAAACUUGAUUGGCCCAAAGGGUCUGGAAUUUGCACGCUACUCCCUUGAUUACCAUACCAUCCGAAACUAUUUGUAUGUAAACCGCUCAUGGGGAAAAGAAAGAGCUGAUAGGCACAUGCCUUCAUAUGCAAAGAAAAUCGUGGAUAUGUACAACAAGAAUGGUGAAAUUGAAAAGAUGUUGUCCAACAAGUAACUGUGUUACAUGCUGAAGACAAGAUCGGAUGCUUCCAUGAAAGCGAAAUCAUUUUUUUCCCUGGAAGAUAUAGUCAAAGCCUUGCGGAAAAGUAGAACUGUUUGAUUCUCUCCAUGGAAAGAAUUUGGGUUUGAAUCUCCCUUUGUUGUAGAAGACAAAAUAGGAAAUGUAUGGCUAUCUUCUAGGAUCAGAAAAACCAAAAAGAAAGCGAAAAAGGUUGUUCCUAAUACUAAAUAAAUAAAGAUUAUUACCUUUUUUGAGACA